AUGAGUUCAGGCCAGAGCAACCAGUCUAUCCAAGAGCGCGCACAGCAGCAACUCGGUGCUCUUGAUAAAGAGCUAUCGAGGUAUGGACCCCUCAAUCAAUUCGAGCAGCAGACGAGCGUGCCCAAGGUAUACGUCGUGCUCGGCCUCGGCGCCCUCUACUUCUUCCUUGUCUUCUUCAACAUCGCCGGCGAAUUCCUGGUGAACACUGCUGGCUUCGCUAUCCCGGCAUACUACUCUCUGGAGGCCCUGUUCUCAGCUGGCAAGUCAGACGAUACUCAGUGGCUUACGUACUGGGUCGUCUACGCGUUCUUCACCGUGAUUGAGUCAGCCAUCAAUGCUGUCUACUGGUUCCCCUUCUACUACGUCUUCAAGUUUGUUUUUGUGCUUUGGAUGGCACUCCCCCAGACUGGUGGCGCUCAACUUGUUUUCCGCUCCCUCCUCCAGCCUCUCUUCGCCAAGUUCUUCGACGGCGGCAAUACCACCUCUGGCAAUCUCCGUGCCCAGGCCGACAAGGCUACGGGCAAGAGCUUGUAA